GCCUGGUCAGCUGACCCCCACACCGGAAGUGAGGGGAUCGCUGGGCUGAAUGUGUUUUCUGUCAUUGUUGGGGCUGAGGAGUCAUCGGGAUCUUCAUGUCAUUCCUGCUCUGUCGCCAGUAUAUUGUAUCAGAUCCCGUCCCGUGGUCGUCACAGGAUACUUGUGUAUGAAAUGUGUGUCUAUGAAACAAAGUUUGAGUGAAGAAACCUCUCCAUGUGUUUCCGUUCAAGUUCAUGCCUGGCAAGAUGCAGAAAGACAGAGGUCAAGUGACAGAGACUAUAUUAAGUCUGACCCUGAGGAUCAUCUACUUGUUGACUGGAGGGGAAUAUGUAAUUGAGAAAAAAACAGGUGGAAACAAAGCAACCAGAGGUGACUGUGUAUCAGGAAACCUAGAAAAGAUUCGGCGUCCUGUCAGGGAGUCUUCAGCUCGCUGUGGAAGAGAUGGGACAGACAAUUAUCAGAAGAUCUCAGAAGUCGCCAACAUGAUUGUUUGUCUGCUGACAGGAGAGGUUCCUGUGCGAUGUCAGGAUGUUACAGUCUAUUUCUCCAUGGAAGAGUGGGAGUAUUUAGAAGAACAUAAAGAUCUGUACAAAGAUGUUAUGACACAGGACCUCGGGCUCCCCUCUUCACGAGGUCACAAAAAUAUUGAGGAAAUGCUUGAAGAACAUGUUAGACCAGAGUCAUCCCCAGAAUAUUCCGAUCUUCAUUCCCCUGUAAAACUUUCUAAAUGUGAUGGGAAUCCAGAUAUUUUAGUGAACAACUUACAGAAAGAAUCCAUCUCGUGUGACGAAGAGGACGACAUAUCAGAUACAGAUCUUACACAUCAGUAUUCAUCCUGCACUAUUAAUAUGAAAGCUGUUGAGUGUGAAGAAGAGGAUAUCAUAGAUGUUGACAUUUAUAUACCUGUAGAUCACCCAAUACAAUCUCCAUCUACUGCUAUAUCUGGAAAAUUGAUCACAAGUGAGGGUCAAUACCAGGAGGACGAUGACGUUAUUACCAUCCCAGAUAAUUCUCCGACUCAUAUUGGUGUCACUGAAGAGUGUGAUUGGUCUGACGAUGAAAAAAUGAGCUAUCAGGACGUCUUGGAGAAGCCCAAGAACUCCAUUAGGAACUUGUAUCAUAAGGCUUUUUCUUUUGAUGUCCAAACGCGACUUAAUAAAGAUAAAAAGGGUAAUGCCUCACUAUGUGAGGGACCUUCAACUAAAAUCAUUGACCAUGAGGUUGAUGACUCUAAAUCCUUUAUCUGCAGUGAAUGUGGAAAGUGUCUUCCUACUGAGUCAGAUCUGGCGACCCACCUGGAGGGUCAUAUUGAAGCAAGCAAGUGUUCAGGAGUAAAUAGAAGGAAAUCCUUUACUAGUAACCCUAUUCCAAAACAUGAUUUUAAUGGCGAAGAAAAGUUUCAAUGUCGUCUCUGUGGAUUAUGUUUCAACAAUACAGUUGAGCUUGUCACCCACCAUCAGAUUCAUAUCAAGAAACCAUAUCCCUGUUCAGUAUGUGGACGAGGAUUUUACAGUCGUUCUGGUCUGGUCACACAUCAGAAAACCCAUGCAUUCAAGAGACUUUAUGAUUGUCCCACAUGUGGCAAAACGUUUAUUUCUAACGCUCAUCUGAUGUUACAUCAGGAGGUACAUGGUGAGGGUGGAGACAGUUCAGGAACAGGGGCUGAUACUGGAGACAGUUCUGGAGGAGUCUCUGAUAUGAAUGAAUAUCAGCAUUUUGGAACCCAAGAGAAAUUAUUUUCCUGCUCUAUAUGUGGUGAAUGUUUCUAUAGCAGUGGACAGUUUUUACAGCAUCAGAAAAGCCACUUCAAGAAUGACCCUCUUAUGUGCCCUGAGUGUGGAAAGAUUUUCAUGAGGAAGUCGGGACUCUCCAAGCAUCGGAGAGUUGUCCACCAGGGACACGUAGCUCUGGCAUGUGCUGUGUGCGGGAAAGGCUUUGCUUGCAAAUCGGAGCUCGCUAGACAUAUGACUGUUCACUCAGGACAGAAACCGUACACCUGUACGGAGUGUGGAAAAUGCUUCUCCUUUAAAUCAGCUCUCGUAAGGCAUCAGAGGAUUCACAGUGGAGACAGGCUGCAGUACUGCCCUGAAUGUGGGAAAGGAUUUUCAUGCAACUCUGAGCUUCUUCGGCAUCAAUCUGUUCAUCAGAGUCUAUAUCUGACUGUUCUGCCUAUGGAUAAACCAAUUGACUAUCACACUACAGGGAGCAUCUCAGGAGAAGCCUAAGAAAAUAUGUUUUAUAAUGUACACUCUCUCUUUAAACUCAGGUUUAUCUAUUUGAAAACAUAAAGCUCACCUUUGCUCAAAACCUGAAAUUCCUGGUAUGACUGCAUUGAAUGCACCGUCCAAUGUUCGAGGCAUGCACAAGGACAAACAAAGCAGCUAUACAGGGUUAGGAGCCCACCAAAGACCUUAUCAUAUCUUAUUUUACUGGACACUUGUAAAUUUGGCAUUGGGGAAAGAUAUAUUAUAAUAGUGAAAGGUUAAAGUAGAGUUAGGCUGGGUUCACAUCACGUUUUUGCCAUACUAUUUUCAAUCCGUUUUUCUAAAGAAAACCGUAUGGCAAAAAAACGGAUGGAACAGUAUGGGAAAAAGUAAACCGUAU